AUGCUCGUUCUGGUCAUAGGAGAUCUGCAUGUACCGCAUAGGAUACAUGACUUGCCUGCAAAGUUCAAGAAGCUGCUUGUACCGGGCAAGAUACAACAGAUAUUGUGUACGGGCAACGUCUGCGACCGCGAGACGUAUGAGUACUUGCGGACUGUGGCUGCGGAUGUGCACGUAGUACGAGGAGACUAUGACGAGUCUGCCGUGUUCCCGCUAUCUAUGACGGUCAAUCAUUCGCCAAUACGGAUAGGCGUCAUCCAUGGACACCAAUGUGUACCGACUGGCGAUCUUGACUCUCUGGGCGCUAUCGCACGGCAAAUGGACGUCGACGUACUGAUCUCGGGCCACACGCAUGUGUUUCAAGCCAUUGAACGCGAUGGGAGGUUCUUCCUGAAUCCCGGAUCAGCGACGGGCGCGUGGUCAGGCGCGUUCAACGGCGACCCGACACCAUCGUUCGCCCUUAUGGACAUCCAGGGUCCAGUUGUGGUCACAUACGUGUACCAACUGAUCGAGGGCGAAGUCCGCGUCGAGAAGGUCGAAUACCGGAAGGACGCCGAGGCAUUCCUGCCCAAGGAUACGGCGCCGAAGAGCACGGCGAUGCCGCAGGCGAUUCCGAGUGCAGCGGUAGGGCAGAGCGUGUGGUAG